AUGGGUUUCGAUGAGAAGCGAACCGGAGGGGGAGAUCGUGGCCCAGGUCGGCGGGUCCCAGUUCUGGUCAUCCAUCAACAAACGACCCAAGGAUGCCCACAUGAAGGAGCAAGGGGAGAAGCUGAUAAAUUGAGUCCCUCACCUCGAUUCGAGACCCCAUGGGCCACCUCCGGCACACUUGGGAGGGUUUGUCAAAACCGGGCAACUCUUUGGCCCUCAUUGUAUAUAUUCCGAACGUGGGCGUACGAGUUAGGCUUUUUGAAACUGAAA